CUAUAUGACGCCGAGAUAAUUUGUCCCGUUUCUCCCAUAUCGCCGCGAUAGCUAGGGAAGAGGCGGAGCGGCGUUGGCUUGCAGGCUGAAGACUUCAGGACCAGAGUGGGAAGGGAAGGCGACUGAAUCAUUGUUGCGGUUGCGGCGGCGGAGCUAUUUGGUAGCAGUGGACUAUGGAAGAGGGGAGGGAGGGUGACUGGGAGUGUGGGAGUUGCGGCAAUCGGAACUACGCUUUCCGAUCCUUCUGCAAUCGGUGCAAGAAGCCGCGUCUUCUGGUUGAUACCAAGACACCGGCCGACUCCAAAUGGCUUCCUCGCAUUGGAGAUUGGAUCUGCUCCGGGUGCAGUAACAACAAUUAUGCUUCUCGAGAAAUAUGCAAAAAGUGUGGCCAACCAAAGGAGGAGACUGCAAUGCGCGGAGCACAUUUUCCAACUCAUCCGCAUUAUUUUGCUAGGAUGCAAGAUCUUCUUGGAUCAAAGAUGAACUUCGGGAUUCCUGGAAAUUCAGCUUUUCAGCAGUCCUUUCCAAUGGGGUUAGGUUGGGGUUAUACGAUGUUUCCUGGUAGCAACAGUAGGGAUAUUUCAUAUGCGGAUAGCUCUAAUCAGUUGCUUGGGGUUCCAAAAGGGUGGCGUGAUGGUGAUUGGUUAUGCAAUUGUGGAUUUCAUAACUAUUCUUCCCGUACACAGUGCAAACAGUGCAAUGAACCAGUUCCUGCAAGUGGCAUGCACUCUUCGGCAACAAACUCAAAUAUUUCGAACUUCUAUCGGGCUUCAGGUACCAAACGGUUGGCUUCAGAAGAGUUUGCUAAUGAUUGGCACAAAAAGAGGUUAAAUGCAGGGGACAUAAACCACCAGUUUUUGAAAAGAGAGGCACACUAUAUUUAUCCGGACUUGGAGAACCUUCCUGGACCUAAUGGUAGUCAAGCACAUGGAUUAUAUUCGAAAUACUAUGGCAGGAAUUCGCCAAAUGUGGCUUCUCAGUUGUCAGCCAUGCCUACACUUCUUGGAAAAGGUGCAAAUCAAUGGCGUGAUGGGGACUGGAUGUGCCAAAAAUGCAACAAUCAUAACUUUGCAUCCCGCUCAUAUUGCAACAGAUGUAAAACAGAGAAGGAAUCUGCUUCCCAGCCAGUCAGUGUUGCAUAGCUUUGAUCAAAUUGGAGGUUUCUGAUUUCUUUUAUUUUGGCAUAUAAACUCUUUCCAUUUCAUAUUUUAUGUGAUACAAAUCUAUGGAUUCUGCCAUUGUCUGAGCAAAAUUUCCCCCAAAUUUGAAAAUUAUUAUUAAGUGAAAGCUGUGAAGUAACUAUGGAUAGUGAUUGUCAGUAUGGAAAGUUAUGUAGGAUAGGUUUCUUAGGAGGUGUAAACAUUUUGAGGAGAGACUGUUGAUUUGGUUUCUAUGCUUAAAAGUGAACUUAAAAUAUGUUUGUGAAGCCUAAACUUUGCAUUCUAUAUUAUGAGAUUUCUUAGUUUAUAUC